ACAUCUCGUGCCAUCACAGGCUUGAAGUAGUCAAAGAAUCGUUGUCUACUGCCCAACUCUUUCCAUAUCCUGAAUGGGUCAUGAGAUAUCUACAAUGGAGUUUGCUGGCGAGUACUCUUUGGCAUGUCGGCCAGGCAGCGGUUCGGUCCAAGAGAUGGCUUGUUGCAGAGGAUGGUCAUGUGGCUGAGGAGCCACAGGAGCCACGGCUAUUGCGUAGCGAGACCCACGGUCGAAUCCGCACUGGCAGUCUGCAAGAGCGACAGCAGGACUGCGAUUUUCCACCCUGCCCUGUGGAUUGCGCUUCAUCUGACUGGUCACCUUGGGCUACUUGUUCACUCUGCCAGGGCACAACCAAGAGGAAUCGGACCGUGCUUCGAGAGCCAGAAAACGGUGGCCUUGUUUGUGGCAAAGUCUCACAGGUCAAGAACUGUAGCAACGAAUGUGUGGAUUGUGAAUGGGACAACUUCACGGAAUGGGGCGAAUGUAGUGUUUCCUGUGGCGGCGGAGUUGAAAAGCGCAGCCGCGACGUCAAGGUGAAACAGGUGGGUGGUGGCACCAACUGCAGUGGCAACUCCACGGAGGAACGCGCGUGCAAUACACAGACUUGCACGGUGGACUGUGAGUGGGACGAAUGGGGCCUUUGGACUCCAUGUUCCAAAAGCUGUGGCAGUAGUGUGAAGAAGCGCAGCCGAGCAAUCAAGAUUCCAAAGGCAAAUGGUGGCAAGGAUUGUGUUGGCGUUGCCGACGACGAACGAAUUUGCCAAAAACCGCAGUGUCCCAAAGACUGCGUUGUCACGGAGUGGACAGACUGGUCACCAUGCAAGCCCUACUGCUUGGGCAAACAAACCAGGAAGCGCAAUGUGACGGUGGAAAACGCUUUCGGAGGACAAGCUUGCCCGGACUUGGAGGACUCGCGUGUUUGCAGCCACUACUGUGUUGACUGCAAGUGGUCCGAUUGGACCGACUUCACGAAGUGUUCCAAGAGCUGUGAAGGUGGCAAGAAAAGCCGUGCGCGGGAGCAGAAUUUUCAACUCAGAGAAACUCCGAGCGCCCUGGUGCCCGGCUACACUCUGCUGGGGCCUGGGCAAUGCCAAAACUUUUACCAAACCACAAAGGACGCGGACGCUGCUUCACCAGAAGCAUGCGCAAAGACUUGCUCUGCCGAUGUCCAAUGCAGUUUUUUCUCACUCAACUUGGGCGUCGCAUGCAACAAGUACAAUGCAAGCGUAGGUGAAUGUGAACUGAGACCUCGAGGUCAGAGCAGCCACAAAAGUUACCGGAAGGAGCAGUGGACGCAAACAUUCGGAUACGAGUUGAACAGGAAUCAAAAGUGCACAAAGCCGCGCGCGGAGAAGCUGGCCCUGAAGGAAGCCCGAGCGGUCUGCAGCGCUGAUGAAAAGUGCGGGGGCCUUUAUGAUUCUGGUUGUCUUGGUUCUGCAGUGCUUUGUGACGGCUUUGGCAACGACACAGAGGUUGGCUCAUGUAUGCACAGGAAGGUAGAGAUCGGUGGCGGCGAAACGUGCACUGGAAAUGCACAGCAAGUGGAGGACUGCAACAUUCAGCUCUGCCCCAUCAAUUGUAAGCUGGGCGACUGGAGCGCUUGGGGAGAAUGUGCACCUUCCUGCAAUGGCACUGAAACUCGAAGUCGCCCCAUCCUGCAGGAGGCAAGAAAUGGUGGAACACCAUGUGGAGAGACAGUGGAGCAGAAACCAUGCAGCAAGAUCUGCGUGGAUUGCAGGUGGUCCGAUUGGAGCGCCUGGGACACUUGUUCUGCCAGCUGUGCAGGGGGUCUUUACAGCCGAAGCCGCUAUAUCGCUGUGCAGGCUGAGGGCCCUGGCAAGAAGUGCGAGGGAAACAGCAGCGAAAUUGAGGCUUGCAACACCGAGUUUUGUCCCUCUGAUUGUGAAACCAGCAGCUGGUCACAGUGGACAGAUUGUGAACCAUAUUGCAAUGGCACGCAAAAUCGCAGCCGCGUUAUCCAAAAGCCUGCCGCAGAUGGGGGAGCAGGCUGCGGUGCACUGUCCGAAAUGCGCACCUGCGCCAACUUUUGCAUGGAUUGCCAGUUGAGUUCGUGGAGCGACUGGACCAGCUGCAGUUUGACAUGUGCCGGUGGACUCCGUCAGCGCAGCAGGAACGAGGUCUUCGUGCAGAGACUGCACAAAGCAUCGAACGAAGAAAGCGAAAACGAAGAGAACAUGGCCUCACUACUGGAGACAGGUGAAGGAAGCGCAGCGUUUGGCUAUGAAAAGAAACUGGGUGUGAGGUGUGACUUGGAGCACCAGCAGACGAAGGAUGGUGCGGGUCAGAGCCCAGACGAGGUGUAUGCAGCGCAGAUCACAACUGCGGUGGGCUCUACGACAAAGGCUGCAAUGGAUGGUACUGUGGGUUUGAUGCUCGAGGCUGAAGCUGACAGCUGCGCCUAUGUGAAGAAGGAAAUUGGUGAUGGUCAGCCCUGUACUGGUGACAUCUUUGAGUCAGAGGCCUGCCCAGCUGACCUGUGGGAUGGUCAUGAGGAUGCUGCAGACUGCAGUUCUGAGCUGUGCCCCGUGGAUUGCAAACACAGUGAUUGGACCCAGUGGACGGAAUGCAAUCCUUUCUGCCAAGGGGUCAUGAACAGGAGUCGAAAGAUCUUGGAGCAUCCAGCCAACGGUGGCGCAGCCUGUGGCACCAUUGCAGAAGUGCAGAAUUGCAGCAACGAAUGUGUUGAUUGUCAGUGGGGAAGUUGGGGAAGUUGGUCCAGCUGCUCUGUGAGCUGCGGCGGCUCCACCCAGCAUCGCAGUCGCGUCCAGUUGGUGCCACAAGCUGGCCGCGGUUUGCCCUGUGAAGGCAGCGAAUCCGCGAGCAAGCCUUGCGGUGAGAUCAGCUGCCCGGUAGACUGCAAGAUGGAGGAUGCACAUCAGUGGUUCGGACCAGGCGGCCGGCCGCUGCUCUUGGGUGGCUCUGGGUGUGUUGUCUCCGAGCCGCUGGCAGGUGGACAGCCAUGUGGUGAGGCUUCCAUUGUGGUCAACUGCUCCAACGCCUGCGUGGAUUGCGAAGUCUCUCCCUGGUCUGUGUGGUCGCUGUGCAGCGCGAGUUGCGGCUCAGGGCGCCAAAGCCGCUCCCGGCUCGUUCUCGUGGAAGCAGAAGGCGAAACAGAUCCCGAUUCGGUGGCCGAUUUAG